AUCAUUCGUAGUUUGAAUUCGCUGACGGACGGUAAGACAACACGAUUUUGUCUCAUCAGGAGUACAAUUUUGAAAGGAAAAUUAGGAAAGACAUAGUGAUCUUUUGAAAGAUUCGUAGAGUAUUGAGCAAUUAAAGGCAACGAAGCAGUGAUAUAACAGUGUCUACAGGGGAAAAACAACUACUAAAUUACAGCCGCCAACUGUGAAGAAGAAUCUAAGUCACCAUGGAAAAAUCAAGCCGACCGAUUAGAAACCGCAAACGAAGUAGAAAAGCGUGGCCACCAGGGGACGCGCAUCGGCCGAUCAAACGUCUCUUCACGCCCGAGAUCAAGCGCAUGCUGAAGGAUUGGCUCGUACGACGACGGGAGAAUCCCUACCCGAACCGGGAGGAGAAAAAGCAGCUUGCCUGUGAAACGGGUCUAACCUAUACGCAAAUUUGCAACUGGUUCGCCAACUGGCGUCGAAAGCUUAAAAAUUCCGGCAACGACCCGAUCAAGAAGACGUGGGGAAUUCUGAUCAAGAACUACAACACCAGUGCCAAGGGUAACGUGGAACAGUUCAGCAUAUGCUCCAACGAUAGCAUUUGGGGCGAAAAUGGUGAUGAUUCGCAGGAAUCGAGAACACCUCCGCCGAGCUUUCCAAGGCGACAGUAUGUGGCGUACAAUGGUGCUAUCAACAACAAUAACAACUGUAACGGGUUCAUAAAUUAUAUGCAGUUUGUGGAGCGAAGAGCCAGUGAUACCUCCGAAGACGAGAAUGCUCCCAACUAUUCGAGAGAAAGGUUCUACGAUCACUGCUACACGCCUAAGAACUACAAUGCAGUUUUUGGGCUGCCUGGUCAAAAUCAUUGUGGGCCGAUAACGUCCCACAUCGCAGAAUGCAGACCUGAUUUCAACACGAACACAACCUCCAUUAUAACGGCCAGUUUUCCCCAUGCAUAUAGAGCGGACAAUGGAACCUACUACCUUACACCAAGCACAACAGUGUCCCCAGCACAUAACAAUAAAAGUACCAACAAAUACAAAAACAGCAUCAUGGAAAAAUACCUACGUGACCUGAACGAAGUAGAACCGGAAGUCCUACCCAGUGUUGGUGAACAAACGGAUCCCGAGAAUCCGUUCCAACAGGUUACGGGUCAAUCACAACCGGCCGCCCAACAACCGAACGGCGAAGUCCGUGGCCCGCCCUCCCUUUCAAAAUGGCUCGAAAGUACGGCCAAGUUCACUCCCUCCAAAAAUAACUACAUUGACUGGAACCAGCCUGGAAAAUCAUCCUCGACGAAAAAGCGCUGCGAUUCUAAUUGCAUCAAUCAUCCGAUUUCAUCGUCGCCACAACAGUCAGCAUCCCAAUUGCCGCAGAACGUGGGGGAGCAGGAAAUGCAUCAGAAGGAUGAGAUCGAUGCCGCCGAAGCGUUGACGCGGCUAGCAAACAAUUUCCGGUUAAAGUUUUAUACCUGACGUAAUGCAACUUUAUAGCAAUUUGUAUAUUCUAAGCAAUAGCAUUCCCAAGUGUACGCUACUUCAUAGAUUAUGCUUUAUUAGUUGAAUUUUGUACGUUUGAUUACAUAGUACAUACUAGAACAAUUAAUUUGUGUGACUGAAGCCAUAGAAACUGCACCAUUUAUUUACCGUAAACAUUGUAUGUUAGACCUCAUAGAGUUAUAGUUACAUGUUACGUUUUAUUGUUUGUUAUGGUAAGUUGAUUAAUUUGAAAAGACUUGAAUAAAUUGCUCAUUUAA